AUGAAACAGAUAAACCCGAGAAGGGAGGUCAAUAAGACCGAACCUCCUGCACCAAAAAGGCGAAAUUCCAAAAAGCUAGCUCACAAUACCAAGUCCCCCACUCCAUCUGAAAGUGAACGUUUGCAAUUUGACACUCAGUUAGAUGUUCGUAAUGAGGAGGAACCGCUUGUUCGUAAUGAGGAGGAACCAUCUGUUCGUAAUAAGGAGGAACCACAUAUUCGCAAUGAGGACGAAGAACCUAUUCGCAAUGAAGAUGUCACACCUAACCUUGAGGUAACUCCUACUUACAACGAUUUCUUUCCAUCUCCUCCUUCUCCCAAAACUACAGCCACUUCCACACCUAUAACGAUUGCACCUUGUCCCCCACCAGUCUCUUCUCAAAAUUAG